AUGUCCAAUCCAGUUAAAAAAGGGAGACAAGGAGAAAAACUGCCCCUGAAAUCCAAAGGAAUCCAAAGCAAGGGAUCUCAUGAUCUCAGGAGGCUUCAGUCUCUGCUUGCCAAAAGCAUUCCCAGACAAGAGGUGGCAGCGUUGAGUCACAGUAAAGCACGCAGCAGAGGAGCCAGCAGACCUCAAGGCCUGCAUCCUCCUAAAGACACUAACAGACAGAGGAGUGAGAGCGACGUCGCCAGUGAGGCCUCGGAACUGGAAAAAUUCAGCAUCACAUACAGAGACCAAAGAUGCUUCAGCAGCCACCCGAUGCAUAAACUCUUCUCUGACAUUCUUGCAUCUUUGGUCAAGAACAGACUCUGCAGUGAAUGGAUUGAUCAUGCGCUGCCCGAGUCUGUCCUCAGAGUUCUGAUCUGCUUACGAUUAUUGCUCAGAGAUCCCCACCAUCAGAAAAUCCUCCAUCAGCUCCGAGGCAUUCAUUUACUUGCCAGGUAUAUGGAGCGUGUCACUGCCGCGUAUGCAUCUUGCGGCGAACAGGCGUUUGCUGUGCAGAAGCUGGUCACAAUGACCUACAUGUUUCAGAAGCUGUCUGCUGUCGAGGGUCAAAGGGUCUGGGUCAUCGAGAGCGGCGCUCACAUGACGCUGGUGAAGCUCCUCUCCACAACAGAAAGCAGUGUGCUGCUGGGAGCCCUGCUGGCAAUCACCACUUUGGCUGAGAGCCCAGAAUGCAAGCAGGAGAUUGGCCAGCUGCCCAUAGUGGAGAAUCUACUUGUAAUACUGCAGGAAUAUGACCUGCUGUCAAAGAGGAUGAGUGCGGAGCUGCUGAGGCUCCUGUCCCCGGUGAGCCAGGUGAGGGACCAGGUGAGGGAGCUGGAGGGUCUGCCCGUGCUGCUGAGCUUGCUGUACGGUCAGCACCUGAAGCUGCUGUGGAGCAUCGCCUGGGUCCUGGUCCAGCUCUGCGAGGAUCCCGACACCAGGACGGAGAUCCGGAGCUGGGGCGGGGUGCAGCAGCUUCUCCGGCUGCUCAACAAUGACAGGCAGUACGUCUGUGACCGCUCGUCCAUCGAGAUGCUCUCCAGCGCCAACGCAGCCGGACGCAUUGACAGAGAGCUCAUCAGAGAGGAGCUCAGCCCACAGGAGGAGGUGGACAACACUGUGGCCCUGCAGUCAGCCUGCUGCACAGUUCUGACUGAGCUUUGUCUGGAUGACACAUCUGCUCACCACAUUGUGCAGGAAAAUGGGGUUUAUAUCGUCUCAAAGUUGAUUUUACCACAAAACUCUGGACCAAAGGUCACAUCUUUACAGUGCUAUGCGUUUCGGACCCUUCGGUUUCUUUUUAGCGUGGAGAGAAACAGACAUCUGUUUAAAAGACUCUUUCCCACAGACCUCUUUGAGUUGUUUAUUGAUGUUGGACAUUAUGUACGGGACCUCGCGGCCUACGAGGGACUGCAAACCAAAGUUUCACUCUACACUGAAGAGGAACUGGACAGCCUGAGAGAGGGCAUCGAGGCUGUGGACCAGAACCGACCUCCCCUUAAAGUCAUCAACGGUUACUCCAUCCUGGACCAUCUGGGCACCGGUGCCUUUGGAAGCGUCUUUAAGGUCCGAAAGCAGAGUGGCCAGAACCUCCUGGCUCUGAAGGAAGUGAACCUCCAUAACCUGGCGUUUGGCAAAGACAAGAAGUCCAGAGACAGCAACGUGGAGAAAAUCAUCUCGGAGCUCACGAUUGUCAAAGAACAGAUGACACACCCAAACAUUGUUAAAUACUACAAGACUUUUUUGGAAGGCGACAAGCUGUACAUCGUGAUGGAGCUGAUCGAGGGAGUGCCGCUGGCUGAACAUUUCAACUCUCUCAAUGAGAAGCAGCAGAAGUUCACAGAAGACAGACUUUGGAAUAUAUUCAUACAGAUGUGUCUGGCAUUGAGGUACCUGCACAAGGAAAAGAGAAUAGUCCACCGAGACCUCACACCAAACAACAUCAUGCUGGGGGAAAAGGACAAAGUCACCAUCACCGACUUUGGCCUAGCGAAGCAGAAACUGGAGAACAGCAAGCUAACGUCAGUGGUCGGCACCAUCCUUUACUCCUGUCCAGAGGUGGUGAAGAACGAGCCGUAUGGAGAGAAAGCCGACGUCUGGGCUUUGGGCUGCAUCCUCUACCAGAUGGCUGCUUUACAGCCUCCGUUCAACAGCAGUAACAUGCUGUCGCUGGCCAGCAAGAUUGUCGAGGCCGUCUACGAGCCGAUUGAAGAAGGAGCUUUCUCAGAGAGAGUCAAGGACAUGAUCAGAUGGUGUUUGUGUCCAGAUGCAGACCGGCGGCCGGACAUCGUGGCCGUCAGCUCCAGGAUCUCCGACCUCAUGAUGAGGCUGAUGGACGGCCUCCACACUUCUCAGAAUGCACUGGAACGAAGAGCAGAGAGAGACAGGAAGCGAGCGCAGAAGUACUUCCUGGAGAGGCACAAAAGCAGGACGGACUGCUGUCACUCGAACCCGUCUCAGGAAAAAUCCUUCAUGAAUACUGAAUCUCCAACUCCUCGCUCUCCUGCAACCUGCAGUUCAAACCACAGCUUGCAGAGCAUCAGUCAAGAUGAUGCCUCAGAUGCUGAUGUAGAACCAUGCGAUUUAAAGUCCAGUGCCUGCAACACACCGGACCAAAUUCAAUCUGGUGUGUUUGCUUCUGCUCUUACUUCAGUGUCAGCAGGGAUCUGCGUCUCCCAGAAGAAGGUUCGGCAGAUUGAUGAUCCCAUUCAGAGGCUCCUCGUGCAGCUGCACAACAUUAUAUACAUCACUCAGCUUCCACCGGCUCCUCAUCACAACAUUAAACGCCGGGUCAUUGAAAGAUUUAAAAAGUCUCUGUUCCACUUUGGGAGCGAUCCAUACGACCUCAAAGUGGAGCUCAGCAAGCUCCUCCAUGCCUCUCCAGAACUGAUGGAGUUCAGCACAAACAGUUCAGACUGGUGUCCUCUGGUCCACCACUUCACUGCUGACAGCACCGGUGAUGGGAAUCUCAAAGAUGGAGUCACCUAUCAGCAGAUGCAGGGGAUCAUAGAGGAGCUGCUGGAGGAGAACAACUACUACCAAGCAACACACAAUAGGAUCUCAGAGAAAAGAAAUGAGCAAGAAAACAAGUGA